CUGUGUCUGUUUGUGUGGCCAAAAAAAGCGGGGCUUUUUAUUAGAGUCUCAGCUUCAAACCUUUCAAAAAAAAAAAAAAAUCUAAAAAUCUCAUCUUUUUGAGUCUCAGAAAUCCUCUCUUGUGCCCAGAUUAAAAUUAGGGUUUGGUUUAGGGGAGAAAUAGGGUUACUUUGGGGGCUGGAGUUGACCUGAGGGGCCAUUAAAUUCGGCGGGAAGUGGGCGUAGUUGAUGAGAAUUGAGAACCCAUUCCAUCUCUCUUCUCUCUUUUCCUCUUUUCUCUGGUUCUAUAUAAUUUGAGUGGUGUUUCUAGCUAGCCUUCACUCAAUCUUAUCUAUAGUUGUUAGUACUGUUCUUGAUUGGGGUGCUGGUUGUUUGAGAGUGGGAAAGUUGGCAUUUUUUUAUUUUCUAAAUAAAAAAAAAGAAAAAAAAAAAAGAAGAGGAGAGUUUGAACUUUGAAGUAUAUCUGGAUUUUGGAACAAAGUUGUGAAUUUGAUUUAAAGCUGGUGACUUUAUAAGAUUAUUGGGGUACUACUUUUCAUCAUAUCAAUGGCUUUGAUAGCUAGAACUGGGCGCCACCGACAGCGUUAUGAGAAUCAUAUGCGCCUUGUCGCUGGAUGUAUUCCCUACAGACUAAAACCAACUGUUGAAAAUCAUGCUUGUGUUCCGAUUGAUAGAUUGGAAGUUCUAAUGAUUUCUUCGCCUAAUCGCCAUGACCUUGUCUUUCCAAAGGGUGGUUGGGAAAAUGAUGAAACUGUUUAUGAAGCUGCAUGCCGUGAAGCUUUAGAAGAAGCAGGAGUGAGAGGAAUCCUUCAUAAAUAUGAAUUGGGAGUGUGGGAAUUCAGAAGCAAGAGUAGUGAGAAGAGUUGUAGUCUUGAAGGAUUAUGUAGAGGCCAUAUGUUCGCUUUGGAAGUGACCGAAGAGCUAGACUGUUGGCCGGAGCAGGCUAGCCACAAAAGGCGAUGGGUAAAUGUAAUGGAGGCAGAACAACUCUGUCGGUAUCCAUGGAUGCGGGAGGCCCUCAAGGUAUGCAUACGACAGCUAAGGACAGGACUUGCAAAACCUCCCACCGAGCGGUCUGAACCAGCCAUGCCUUAUUUGUUCAAGCCUACUGAGCGUGUAGAUAGUGCUAUAGAUGCAUGCUGUUGAUGUUCAAGCAAGUUGGAAUGAAAGCUGAAUUCUCUUUUUUUUUUUUUCUUCUUCUUUUUUCUGUCUCAUAAUCGAUGUAGUUUGAGUUUCAUCGCAUUGUUUCUUGACACUAGAUGCAAGCUGAUGAUGUUGAAACAUUUUCUUCGUCUCAUCAUCGAUGUAAUUUGAGUUUCGCCACCAUGCAUCUAGACACCAGUUACAUGCUGAUGAUGUUCAAGCAUAUGAUGAAAUGGAAGACAAAUUUCUCAGUCUUUUCUUUCUCAU